CGACGAGGCUUACCGCCUGGGGAUUAAAGGAGGAACAUAGGGAGUUUGCAUCGGAAGCCGUCAGCAAGCUGGAUGAUUGUAUGACCAAAGAGCGAUACAUCCACAAGCUUGUGAUGACGUUUGCUUGCUAUGAAAAUGGAAUGAACAAACUCAUGAGCACGAAUGAAGGAUUAUGCGGCAGAUCUACCGAGAUGAUAUUUCCCAAGAUGAAACCCAAAGACUGCCUCUGUCUUUUUCAGAAAAGGCUAUGUGAGAAACAGGUUAGGAUAUCUUGUUCAAUGAGAAAGCAGGAUCGAGAUAUGAACAUCGAUCUAUUCAAGGAGCUGGGCGAGACAAAAUUGUGGGCAAAUGGGAGAAUGUAGAAACUGUAUCCAAGAGAUUAGUCGGCCAGGCGUUUAUGAAUGAAGUCCCUAUUGCUCUAUCAGCAACGAGUCAAGUAGGAUAAGGCUUCGGAUACCCAAAUUUUU